AUGACGCUGUCGAUCCUGGAGACGAUCCUGGGCCUGAUGAGGAACUACAUAUACAAGCAGACGAACUACUACCACUACUUCUGGCUCGACAGACUGAGCGUGAGCAUAUCGAAGUACCUCUUCAACUACAGAGAUCAGAUGAUCAAGCUCUCGCUGCGCUCGGCGGACACGCUGUACGACCUUAACUACGAGUACCUGAAGGCGGACAGCCCGCGAAGCAAGUUUCUGAAGGACGCGAAGUACAGCGACCACGAGGACAUAGUAAACAACUAUCUGCUGACCAGGUACAACAACGCGUUCUAUAAGCUGUGGUCGUACCUGAACUGCAGCCACAAGCUGUACUCAAUAUACUCGUGCAACCACAACCUAAACCCGUACGGGAGUAAGGUUAACGGGAACGGAGACCCGAACAGAGAGGAAAAGUACUACGACGACAAGGACGACUACAACGAGCUGUACAACAUAGUGGAAAACUACCAGAUCAUCAACUGCGAAAACCUGCUCAUACCGCUCAUAGUGCCCAUGAAGCUCUUCUUCUACAAGCUCUACUACUACUCGAACCACCAGCUGUACCUGAACAACGCGACGUCGACGUACACGCAGCAGAAGGACGCGAAGAGCAAGGAGAAGAACAAGGAGGAGCUGGAAACGGACGUCCUGAUGAAGAAGAUAAUCGACAACCUGAGGAAAAUCAGGUUCAUCUCGCUGCACAACGCGAAGGGGAGGACGAUGAGCACGUUCUACACGAUGCCGAACAUAACGCUGAACGACCACGUGAGUCACCUGUCGCUGCAGCUGCUGGUGGACCCGAUCAAGAGCGACCUGCACCUGCUGACGGAGCUCAACACGAGGCUCUCGCUGCACCAGCUGAACAGCAAGAUGACGAGCAGCGUGGUGAACCUGCUGGUGGACUACAACAGCGGCGGGAGUCAGCAGCCGAGAGAGCCGCGAGGAGAAAACAACUGGCUCAUACUGCUCAAGCUCCUCAAGUACCUCGACAGGUACUCGACGACGUUCAUCGAGGAGCUCUUCCACAUCAAGAGGAGCAACCUGAGGAUAUCGUACAGCCUGCAGAGGCUGUUCAGAAACAGGGAGACGUCGAGCAACUCGGGAGGGAUAGCGCCGCACCCGGUCUGGCCAGUCUACGCAAUAGUGCACGGGGCGACGGGGGAGAAGGCGACGCCCUCGUACACAGUGUCGCUCCAGCACUCGCGCGUGCUCUCAAACGAGUUCAAGUACACGAAAAACAACAUCCUGCUCGACAACCUGAUUAACAUAGUUAACGUGACCUCGCUGCAGCUGACGACAUUCCACUCAAACAACCUCUUCGGAGACCUGCUCUACAUCGACUGGUCGGGCGACUCGCUGUGCCUGUACGACAAGUACGGGUGGCUCCUGGUCUACUACAUGAAGAACCUGCUCUACAAGAACGCGAACGCGGCCUCGGGGAAGGCGGGGAAGCAGGCCAGCGACAUAAUUCCCGCAGCCUCGAUUCCGACGAUAAGCUUUAAGACGCACUUCGCGGCGUACUACAUGUCGUGGCUGGGAGAGUACUUUAUCCUGACGAUGGGAUACGGAAUACAGAAGGAAUCAAUAGAGCAGGACAUCGUGCACAUAAACAUGAGUUUGAAGGAGGAGGAGGAAGUGCAGGAGCCGGAAGAGUAUGCGGAGGCUGAAGGCCAGCUGAAGCUGGCGGGCUCGCAGUUCAGUAACGAGUUGAACGGGUACGCAGGCCACCUGGACAGUCAGCUCAUCGAUACCCAGCUGGACCAAAAGCAGCCCAUAAUCAGAAACGGAAACAGAAACGGAAGCACCUCGUACGGGGCAGUGCACAGGUGCGUUGGAAGGGAGGCCCUGAGUCCGCAGGCGCUGGAGGCCUUCUGCGAGAACAGCGUACCCUGCAUAUGCGUGUGGAACCUGGUCGAGUAUAACAACAACAACAUACCGAAAAUAGAGGUCCUAUUCUCGUUUGAAGGCGCCCUCGGAGCAAGUGGCGCAAGUGUCGGCCCAGGGGGCAGCGGCAGGGACGCGCCGAGAGAGGAGCCGCCGCGAGUGACGAGCGUGCUCAAGCUCCAGAAUCGCAACAUCAGGCACGGAAGCAAGGAGGUGGGCCUGGAGUACGACCUCCUGCUCUUCGACUCCGCGGGAGUGAUGCGCGUCUUCAGCGUGAGCGACAUGGACGUGGUCCUCUGCUGCUCUCUGGACGAUGCCGCCAUCGUGGCGAGCUUCCUCCUGGCCAACGGCAACUUCGCGGUGGUGACCGAGGACGGAAAGAUCAAGGUCUUCAGGCUCGCGCGCCUGCGCGCUGUGCCCGCGCUGAUAUUCGAGACCUCUUCGACGGUCGUGGAGCCCAAGGAGAUCGUGAGCCAGAGCUCGCUGGUGACGACGAUCGGGGAGUUCAUAUCGCAGCGGUUCACCCGGGAGAAGCCGCAGCCUGCCCAGCAGCCGAUCAGGAUAGUGAGCGUGCGUCUGUACAGCGCCCAGUUCAUAACGAUGGUCUACUCGGACGAGCAGGUGUCGACGACGCGGCUGCCCGACUUCGCAGUAUACUAG